CCUCAGCCGCGCUUCACAUGGCGGCUGCCCGGCCACGCCCCCAGCGGCUGGAGAGACCCUUUUCCCAAAAUGGAGAGCGGGAAGGGCGAGAACGUCCAUCAGAAUUUGGCCCCGCCCCCGAGGGCAGCGAGGGCCAAUUAGCGACCCGCAGGGCGGGUGCGAGGCCGGGGGAGGAGGCUGCUGUUGCCCCAGCAACCACCCGGGAGAACGAAGGCGGUCGCGGCCCGGCAGGGAUCGCGGCGCCGCGGGUCUCUCCCAGCCGGAAAGAUCGCGGGAGAGCGCGAGCCACGCGGGAAGGCAGCGCCGGUGGAGAGAGGGACAGGUCAGGCCCAUCAACUUCAGUCCCGAUGCCGCUUUCGCGCCUCCUGUUAGCGGUUCUGAAGGCUAUGGCUGAAGUGCACGUGAUCGGGCAGAUCGUAGGGGCCACCGGCUUCUCGGAAAGUAGCCUCUUCUGCAAGUGGGGCGUCCACACAGGCUGGCCCCGACUUCAUUUCCAGGUGUGGUCCCAGGAUAGCUUCGGCCGCUGCCAGCUUGCCGGCUACGGCUUUUGUCACGUGCCCAGCAGUCCAGGCACCCACCAGCUGGACUGUCCCACAUGGCGGCCUUUGGGCAGCUGGCGGGAGCAGCUGGCACGGGCCUUCGUGGGUGGUGGGCCUCAGCUGCUGCAUGGGGACGCCAUCUACAGUGGGGCCGACCGCUAUCGCCUGCAUACAGCCGCUGGUGGCACCGUGCACCUGGACCUGGGCCUGUUGCUGCGUCACUUUGACCGCUAUGGCGUGGAAUGCUGAGGCACCUGCCUCCAUGGCCCAUCCACACCCCUGGGCACCCGUAAGGGGUAGGAUGGUGCAGUCGUCAGAGACGUGGGCUCUGGAGACUGCCUUACCCGACCCAGCGGAGGCCUGGGGCAGCUUCUGUCUGGCCAGCACCGCAAGCCCAGUACCUCUCUCUCCGAAGUCCAUUUUCCCCAUCUGUGAAAUGGGGGCAGCAAGUAUGUGGGGUCCCAGGGGUUUCGGGAGAAGAGGCAGCCUCACACACGGAAGUGCUAAAUAAAGAUCAGUUCUGAC